AUGAAGGGACUCAUCCUCAGUACCGCUCUCGUCAGCGGAGCCAUGGCCGCGGCCGGCCCCUACAUGCCCUGCGGCGGCAAGGGAUUCACUGGCGAGACGACCUGCGUGUCCGGUUACACGUGCACAGUCCAGAACGAUUACUACAGCCAGUGCGUCCAAGGAAGCGCCGGCGGCGCCGCUGCUUCGUCCUCGAAGGCUGCUGCCCCUACGUCCGCGUCCGCCCCUGCUGCGUCUGCUUCUUCAACCCCCGUCAAGAGCGGAAAGUUCAGGUGGUUCGGUGUCAACCAGUCCGGUGCUGAGUUCGGUACCGGUGCUAUUCCCGGUGUCGUUGGCAAGGACUACAUCUUUCCCGACACCAACUCCAUCACGACACUGAUGAACGAUGGAUACACGACCUUCCGUGUCAGCUACCUCAUGGAGCGUCUCGUCCCCAGCGGUCUCACUGGCUCAUUCGACGCCGCCUACCUCGCCGGCCUGACCAAGGCCAUUGAGCACAUCACCUCCUCCGGCGGCUACGCCGUCCUCGACGCCCACAACUACGGCCGCUUCCAGAACAACAUCAUCACCGACACCGCCGCCUUCAAGACCUACUUCACCAACCUGGCGACGCAGUUCAAGUCCAACGCCAACGUCGUUUUCGACACCAACAACGAGUACAACUCCAUGGACCAGGACCUCGUCCUGAAGCUCAACCAGGCCGCCAUUGACGGUAUCCGUGCCACCGGCUCCACAAACUGGAUCUGGGCCGAGGGUAACUCCUGGACCGGUGCCCACAGCUGGACGAGCGUCAACGACAACAUGAAGGGCCUGACGGAUCCCCUCGACAAGACCGUCUACGAGAUGCACCAGUACCUCGACAGCGACAGCAGCGGUACUUCCGCCGACUGCGUUUCCGCCACCAUUGGUGUUGAGCGUGUCAAGGACGCCACCGCGUGGCUCCGCACCAACAAGAAGGUCGGUGUUCUCGGCGAGUUCGCUGGCGGCGCCAACGCCCAGUGCAAGGAGGCCGUCGCCGGUCUGCUCGACUACCUCCAGGAGAACAGCGACGUGUGGCAGGGGGCGACAUUCUGGGCCGCGGGCGCGAUGUGGGGCUCGUACAUGUUCUCAUUUGAGCCCGAGACGGGCACUGGAUACAACUACUACAACGAGUUGUUGAAGACCUACCAGUAG